AUGAUUGGAUUAAAUGAGAUGUUUUUUGAGGAGGGUGAUCAGGACAUUGGCACUAGCCAAGCUGUUUACUCAAGCUCAUAUAAAGGUUUGCCAUUCUAAUUUAAUAUAAUUUUUAAUAGCGAGACCUAAGAAUUGUGCAGGAAGCUUAGAAUUACCACCUAUGCCAAAGCAGAAAAGUAAAUUUACUCUAUACCUUACACCUCAGCUUAGAUAAGCAAUAUAUCAGUUGCCAUUAUGUGUAAAAAAUUUAGUAUUGAUGUAAAUUAUCAGGAUGGAGAUAUCGAGACUCCUAGCAGUUUUUUGUCAGGAAAACGCAGAGAGAUACUUUUCAACAUCUAAAAGUUAUUUGUUUUGCUUCAAGAAGAGGACUCAAGAGCCAUUACGACAUAGGAACUUACCAAAGCAUUUGGAUGGGACAAUAAUGAGGAAUUAUAGUAGUAGGAUGUUUAAGAGCUGAACAGAGUGUUAUUUGAUAUAGUUGAAAGAUCAUUGAAGGAUACAGCCUAUGAAGCACUCAUAGAUCAGCUCUAUAGAGGAAAUCUAAGUCAUCUCAUCAUUUGCUAGAAAUGUAACACCCCUAGAGUAAGAGAGGAAAAAUUUCUUGAUUUGCUUGUCUAAGUUAAAAAUUGCAAAGAUAUCUGUGAAAGUUUGCAAAAAUUCUUUGCAUUCGACAAAUUAGAUGGAGAUAACCAACUUUUUUGUGAUCAUUGCAACGAGAAAACAGAUACCUUGAAAGGCUAAAGGAUAACAAAGCUUCCACCGAUCUUGACAAUCUGUCUGGCUAGAUUUGACAUUGACUAUACCAAAUGGGAGAGAAUUAAGGUAAAUGAUAGAUUUGAAUACCCACUUGAAAUUGAUCUAAAAGACUUCGUAGAGCCAGAUGCAUUACCACUUCAAGCUGAUACUGUAUAUGAACUAAAGAGUAUAAUCAUACACAGAGGUGGAGCUUAUGGUGGGCAUUAUUAUGCUUACAUUUAAGAUGAGCUUUAGGAAGGUGACUGGCAUCUGUAAAUGCCUGAGUAGUUUAGCAAGGAGCCAAAGGUAGUUGAAAAGGUGAAAUAUGAUCCAAAGAAAUUCAUGACUGAAGAACAGAUCAAAGCUGAGGAAGAAGCAAAGCUGAACCAAGCUGAUGCUGCCAUAACUAUCGAUAUUGAGACAGAUAAUCAGGAGAAUAGCAAUAACAAUAAAUAAAACAAAGGGGGUAAAGGUGGAAAGAAGUAAAAAGGCAACAAUAAACAGUAAUAAAAUCAAAAGAAAAAUUAGAAUAAAACCAACAAUCAGCAGUAACAGCAAAAGAAAAAUGAAAAGAAGGAGAUCGAGGUAGAGUAUAACUAUGAUGAAUGUGAUUUCCCAAUUCCAUACUCAGAUAGAAGACUUAUUAAUAAUUGGUAUGAUUUCAAUGACUCAUAAGUCACACCACUGUUGCCUGGUAAGCUUUAGAGUUAAUUUGGAGGGUCUAGUGAAAAUGCUUACAUGUUAGUCUAUAGAUAGAGAUGCAUCAGUCUUGAUUUGGCUUUGUAAUAAAGACCUGAGCAUUAAGAUUUCUUCUAAAUUGAUCCAGAAAACUACUUAGUGUCUUAUGUUGAAGAUUCUAAGUUUGAUGAACAAGGAUUCAGGAUAAGAGUUAAAUUUACUGAUACAGUAUAGGAGGUAAGAGAUUAAAUAGCCUCCUAACUAGGCUUCUCAGAUUUCAAUGCUUUUGAAGUAGAAAGAGUCAGAAAUGGUAACUGCUAACUAUUGCAAAAUUGGGCGAUUCUCGACCCAAAUGCCUAGCUAUAGGACACUAAAAUCACGCAUUUAUCAACUUGGAUGAUAGUGAAGGAUGAGAUAGCCAUUAAGAGACUUUAAUAGGUUAGUGGGGAAAACAUUCAGCCAAUCAAACUCAGACUUAGAUUCUACGGUGAAGAGUUUGAGUAGAAAUUAUACAACAACACUACUAUUGCUGACUUCUUAAAUAUAGUAGAGUCAACUACUUCAAUACCAGUAGCUCAAAUAUGUCUUAAAGUAGUGGAAGAUACAGUUAUCCGCAGAAUUGAUAGGCAGUUGAAAAAUGCAGACAAUCCAAAUAUCUUAAAUACUCUUAGAGAUUUGAAGAUUGUGGAUAAUGCAGCUAUCUUAGUUGAGAUGAAGGAUGAAAGCCAAGUAUCAUAAGAAGAGGACGAAAUUAAGCAGAGCCUGUCUCAUGCUUUGAAGGAUAAGGAUGAGGUUAAUGUAGAUGAUACUGAGAACAUCAGAACUGUGAUUGUCAAUUUGGAGUAUAAUGAAUCUGAUUUCACUAGGUAUCAAAUAAACAUUGACUGGUCACUCUAAUAACUUAAUGAAUUCAUUGUGGAGUAAUAGAAACUAGAGCAACCUUAAAGAAUGAGAAAUCUAACUACCUCAAGGCUCUUUGUGAAAGAAGAGCUCGAGACCCAACUAAGAAAUUAUCCAGACUUCUAAACAGGAGGGGCAAGAAUCUAGAUGGAAGCAGGCAGAUAUCCCUCAUUCUAAGAAAUAGUUAUCAAAGCUGUAGUUUACAAACAAGAGGAUAUAUUAAAGCAAUUCUAUUUCCCAAUUAAUAAUUCAGUUUAGGAAUGUAAAGAAAUGAUGUGCAAAGAAUUCAACAUUGAUCCAACUAAGCACACUCUAUACAGAAUUGAUCAUUUGGAGGAACCAGCAUUCCCACUCAGAAGAGAAAAGCAAGAAAUAGUCAAAUGCCAUGUCUCAUCAGGGGAUCUAUUGAUCAUUAAGAGUGAUUCAAUCUUGAGUGCUGAAGAAAAGCUUGUCCUUCACAUUCAUAUGACUAUGACUGGACAAUCAGAUGAUAGCUAGUACAUUGAUAAGCUAGAAGUCCACAGAGAUUACACCCUCAAAGAUCUAAAGGAUAUUGUACUUUCCAUGCCCUAAUUCGAUUUCGCUAAAAAUUAUGUAAUCUAUGAUUUUUAUAAUAUUCUUUAGAAUGGAGAUCAAAUAAGAGUAAGAGAGAAAUAGAGUAAUAUGUUCUUUGGAAAGAUUUUCAGAGACUAAAACAAGUCCUUGAAGCAGCUUUAAAUUACUAACAAUUCAUAGAUAGUGAUUCAAGUUUUAAGAGAGCCAGAGGAGCUUGAUCCAAACACUAUGAUUUUGCUUAUAAGUAGAAGAGAUGUGACACUAAGAACUUAUAGCCAACAAGUUGAGUUCAAGUUUAAGAGUUAAAACGGCAUACCUCUUAUAGCUGACUUAGAGAAGUAAUGCAGGGAAUUUUACCAAAUUAAUGAUGAUGAGAGUAUUUCGAUUGCAAAAUAUUUCCCUCACAAGUUCGAAUGGAAGAAGUUCGAUAAAGAAGAAGAGGUAGUCGAGAAGAAAAAGAAGGGCAAGCAAGUGACUCUUAAAAUGGCUGUCCAAGAUUUGAGGAAGUUGCCAUUCUUUAUGAAGGAUGGGGAUAUUAUUGGAGUAAGAUUCGAAAGUGAAAAUGCAGACGGUCAAGAUGACUUCCAAACUGAAACUGACAAGGUACUGAGAGAGGAGUUUAUGAUAAGAAAAGAAUAGGAAAGAAUUGAAAGAGAAAAAGAGCAAAAGAGCAGUCAAGGCAAGAGUAAGAGGUAGGAGGGUCCAGGCAUUUAUAUCAGACUUGAAGAGGAUUACCCUAUGGCAGAGUUAUUCGUUGAUAAUAAGGAUGAUACGAAGGUUGAGGAUUAGCCUGAGAUAGAGCAGUUAGAUUCUGAAUAGAAAACUGAUGAUGAUGCACCUCUUGAUAAAUAAGAAUGA